AGUGCUGACGUCUCUACGCAGCAGAACUGCAUUUCCCAGAAUCCUCCUGGAGAAAGAGUGAUCUGUAGAAGAGGAGGUCGGUUGGGGUCUGCAGCGAAGCCCAUCUGGCCCUCCGAUGGUUCCCUCCCGCCUGCUGCUGCUGCCCCGCCUGCUCCGCUGGCCGUCACUGACCUGUGCCUACUCUGCAGGGGGCGGCCCUGCGAUGGAGAAGCCGGUGGGCGCGGCCAUCCGGGCCAAGCUCCAAGAGGCCUUGAAGCCCGUCCACCUGGAAGUCAUCGACGACAGCCACAUGCACGCCGUGCCCCGGGGUGCGGAGACCCACUUCCGGGUGGUGGUGGCCAGCCCCCACUUCGAGGGCCUCUCCCUCAUCCAUCGCCACCGGCUGGUGAACGACAUCUUGCAGGAGGAGCUGGCCGGCCCGGUCCACGCCCUCUCCAUCCAAGCCAGGACGCCGCAGCAGUGGCAGAAGAACCCCGCCGUGGGCCAGAGCCCCCCCUGCCUCGGCGGGUCCAAACACGACCCACACAUGGCCAGCAAGGUGGGGUCGCUGGACUGAUGGAAACCAGAGGGGGGGGCCUCCCAGGAGCCGCAGGGGAGGGGGCCGAGUGCCUCACCGUUGCUCGUUGCAAGAAGUUUUCUGGGCCUGCAAGAAGUUGCAAGAAGUUUUCUCCUUGGGGUUGGGCUUCCUUGAAGCCGAACGUUCUGGGUUUUGUGCUUUCCGAAGCCAAUUAAACAUCUCUGUCUCGUCAAA